ACAACAUCCUCUCACACAUACAACAACACCAGAGUCCAGAGAGAUCGAGCGGAUCCAAGCCAAUGGCAACCAAGAGCCUUCUUCUCGCCGCCCUCCUGGUCCUCGCCGUCAGCCUGGCACCGCACGGUGCGGAGGCGGCGGGCAAGCAGCCUCCACUGGCAAUGAUCUCCGGCGUGGUGCCAUGCAGCGCCGGGAACUCCAUCAACGUGGCUGCGGUUCCGCCGUUCCCGAAUGCCGCCGUGCAGAUGGUGUGCGGCCGUGAUGUGAUGGCCAGCGCGACGGCGGACCGCAGCGGAACGUACACCAUGAACAUGGGCCCGGCCACAUCAUCGCUGCUCGCCCCUCUGCUCGGCAACCAGUGCAAGGUGGUGGUGGUCACCCCGCUGGCCACCUGCAACGCGUCCCUAGCCAGCGUCACUGGGACGCUGACUGCACCAGUUCAGCUCCUGGGUAUUGACACUGGCAGUGGCAAUGGCAGUGGCAGCGGUAGCGGCGGCCUCGGGGGGCUUGGCGGCCUAAUUGGCCUCAUCGGCCAGAUCGUGGGCGGCCUCCUUGGCGGCAUCCUUAAUAUUAUCCCAUUGCCCUUCUCCGUCGUCUAGAUGCUUCUACUACCGGCGUGUCGAUCAAAAAACACGACGGACCUAAAUAAAUAAAUACGUGCCAAUCUAUCAACGUACCCAACGGUCAACUGUCCCCGCUUUAUUAUGUAAAAUCUACUCGUGUGGUUUGUAUUACCGCUUCUAAGAAGCACAUAAGUAAGCAUAUCACCUAAUAGUAGUACUCUGAGUGUGUAUCAUGUGAUCAAUA